GUCACGACCGGAAGCAGAAGAGUGACGUCACCGCGCCGACGCAAACAUGGCGGCUACGGACGUGGAAGACUUCAUCGGACAGAACAGGCAGCUGUCGGAUUUAGUCGAGACGUUUCGCAGCGUUUCCGAGAGCGAAAAACACUGGAAGAGCAGGAGGGAGUUUAUAUUCAGGAACAUCAACGAUUAUGAAGACCCUCACCUGGACCAGCUGCUCGCGCUGUCUAUGGUGUGGGCGAACCACGUGUUCCUGGGCUGCAGGUAUGAUCCGGUGCUGCUGGAGAAGGUGAGCGAGAUGGCAGAGGGGAUCGUUGUGGAGGACGCUCCUGUUUUUAAGACCAGAGAUGAACUGAUCAAACAGCAGCAGCAACAGAAGCAGAGGUGACGCCUGCACGCCUCGUGUUGUUUUAGCAGCAGCAUCAUCACAUCUGAUGAAGGAGCCUGAGAUCUGUGGAGCAUCACCAACUUGUAAUAACGUCUAGCUUGUUUGAUCCCUAGCUGUACAUACGACGCCCUGUUUUUGAAAUGCUUUUCUAUUAUGCAUGUUUUAAUAACUAGCUACAAUAAAAACGACCGCAUGUCCUUC